AUGACUUCUCCAACGGGAAUCGAUACUGGAGAGCUACAAUCGAACCCUCGGUAUCUCAUUCGCCAACCGCGCGCCCUGCAAUGGUUCGAGAACGGGCGACUGGUUAAGCGCCAUGACGAAGAAAGACAAGCAGGCCGAUUCGAGCUCUUUCUGGACCUUCUAUACGUCGCGAUACUUUCUAACUUUGCCGAUACGCUUGCCGAGGACAUUUCGGGCGCAAAACUUGUCAAGUACAUUCUCAUCUUAGCUCCAUCAUGGCAUGUAUGGAGCGACUUGCGCGAACUGAUGAACUCCUUCUACAACGACGACCUGCUGCAGCGUAUACUCAUCUUAUGGGUAAUGGCCACGAUGGUCGUAUAUGGCAAUAACGCACCUCUAGUCGAUGAAGAUAUUGGUGCGAUGCGCUCAGCAGUUGGUGCCUACAUGGUCGCACGGCUCUCCUGUGCCUCCGCCCACCUACUAUAUUCCUAUUCGAGCUACCAGCACCGACCGCAGCAACGUCUCUGGUUCGGUGUCUCAAUAAUAACCCUAUCCAUAUAUAUCCCGCUAUACUUCGAGUCGGUCUCUAUUCGUGGCAAAAUUGCUGCUGCGGCGGUCGCGGUCCUGAUUGAAGAUGCCUCUUGGGUCUUCUGCUACUCCCCCAUCGCGAAAAAGCUCAUGCGUGUCAAAUACUCGACUGCUGUCGAUAUUCCUCAUGAGGUUGAUCGAUUUGCAGCCUUUUAUAUUAUUGCGCUGGGUGAAUUCCUAUACUUGAUUAUUGUCGGGUCGCAUGCGGCUGUUGGACUUAAUGAGCGCCUUCUUCGCGCUAUCUGGACGUUGAUCAUUGCCUUCUGCUUGAAUUGGCUAUAUGUCCACGCUGACGGCUCUUUGAAUACUACUCAUCCUCUCCGCCAUAGUAUAUACACAGCUUUCGCGUUCAGUAUUUUGCAUGUCCCGCUUAUUGGCAGCCUUUUAGCCGGUGGGCACGUUGCGGCUAUCUCAGUUCAAGAGGAGGAUUUCGAGGAACCGCAGAAGUGGCUUCUUUGUGGUGGACUUGGUACUGGAAUGAUCUGUCUGUGGUUCUUUGCGCUUCUUCACGGUUCCCAAGAUGCGCCUGGGACCCUGUGUCUUGGAAAGACUAUUCGCUUGUUAAUGCGCCCGACUACUGGCAUAAUCACUAUUCUGCUGCCUCUUGCUCAUCACCUUGGGGCUACAUCUAUCUUGUCAAUUAUCAUGGCAUUAUUUAGUUUGUGUGUCCUCUGGGAGAGCGUUACUUCGCUCAAAAGUGGCGCCCAUUUAUGGGAGAAAUGGACUGAUACCGAAUACCCCGAAGAUGGGCAAUCACAAGAAAAUCUCAAUACUGAGCCUUGA